AUGUCACGACGCCCGACCCCGGGCCAGGCUGCUCAGAACUCGCAGACCAUCAAGAACCUGCUGAAACUCGAGUCCAACAAGAUCUGUGCUGACUGCAAGCGAAACAAACACCCUAGAUGGGCAUCAUGGAAUUUAGGAAUCUUCGUUUGCAUCCGGUGCUCGGGUAUCCACCGUGGAAUGGGAACACACAUUAGUCGGGUUAAGUCCGUUGAUCUCGAUGCCUGGACCGACGAACAACUCCAGAGUGUGAUUAAAUGGGGCAAUGGAAGAGCUAAUAAGUAUUGGGAAGCCAAAUUGGCGCCUGGUCAUGUUCCGUCCGAUGCUAAGAUCGAAAACUUCAUUCGUACCAAAUAUGAAUCAAAGCGCUGGGCUAUGGACGGUGGAAUCCCGGAUCCUUCAACUCUUGACGGGGGUGAUGACGAUGAUGUGCCUCUUGCUAUUGUACAGGAGAAGGCAAAGAUUGAACGAUCUGCAUCCCAACGAAUGCCUGCUCCCAGUCAGCCACCUGUGCGCCGCCAACAACCCUCGAUUGACCUAUUUGGCGACGAUAUCUCUCCUCCAGUGCGCCCUAGCACAACGGACCCUGCCCCCCGCGUGCCACCCAAGCCUUCUCAGCCCGUUCAACAGCCGAAAGCACAACAGAAACCAGGUGACUCGUUGCUGGGACUCGACUUCUUCGGUAGCAGUCAACCCGCCGCCAGCCGUCCAGCGAGCACUUCUUCCACACCUGCAGCGCCCACUGGCAUGUCCCGACCCGAUUUGAAGCAAUCAAUUCUCUCGCUUUAUGCGAAGCCUCAACCGGCCCCGGUCCAGCAUGGACGAAAUAACUCCUUCGGUGAUAUGGCUUCUCCAGCACCCCAGGCCACAUCCUCGAACAUGGGUGGUUUGACGGACGCUUUCAGUGGACUCAGUUUCCCCACAACUACUUCUCCUCCCCCGGCCCAGUCAGUCGAAAAGCCAUCUCCAUUCGCCAACCUUACCAGCUUCGCCAAGACCAAGUCUACUCCUGCUGCGCCCAAGGUUACUUCACCCUCUGGCUCGGCCAGCGGUGAUCUUUUCGAUAGCUUGACAUCCCCCACAUUAUCUGCACCCAAACCGCAGUCACGAACGACUUCAAUUUCAUCAAACUCACAAGAUUUCGGAUUUGGUGGUUUUGCAUCUCCACCACCACCAAAGCCUUCGAAGCCCAACCCCCCGUCGUCAUCUCUCUCUAACGACCUCUUCGGCCUCUCUUCCCCACCACUUGCCCCGGCAGCUCCACCGAAACCCACCGCUGUCUCUCCACAGCAAGAGAUGAGCUCUGCGUUCAAUCUAUCCAACCCGUCCUAUCAACCUUCUGCUCCCGCAAAGCCCCAAGUACCAGUUGCUCCAGCUGCUACUGCGGGUAUCAUGGACCCAUGGGGUGGCAACGCAUGGGGCAACCCUGAUCCUGCCCCGGCACCUGUCACAUCCCCGCCUCCUCCAUCCGCCGCAUCAAUGAUGAAGGUCCCCGCUACCUUGACCGCCAAUGAUCUUGGAGGUGGCUGGGGUUCCUCCAGUGCCGCGCCUAAGCCAGCGCCCACCGUGGCCGAGGACGAAGAUUUCGGUGGCUGGACAAGCGCUGCUCCCGUCUCUGCUGGUCCCACCGCUACUUCAAACAACUCAUCUAAGCAGGGCGGCGGGUUUGGCGGAAACGAUGACCUUUUCUCUAACGUGUGGGAAUAA